AUGGGAGGCUCGCUCUACCUCCGUCGGGUCCAUGUAGGAAGUGUACCGGAGAAGCUCGGAGCUGCAGCUGUUGUUCUCCUCGGCUCUGAACCGGAGGACGUCCCGAUCUCCGCCGGACUCCACGAAUAAGAUGCCACGAAUAUAAACUGAGCACUUUCCAGCAGCGAGGAGCGGAUCUGAGUGUUUCCUUCCUGCCGGCUGAGGUUUGACCACAACACUGUGACUGCAGCCUUUUGGACCGCGUCGCAAUAGGAAGCGAACUUCCUCAUACAAUAUCUGUUGGCAAUAGGAGGAAUAUUAAGAGCAAUCAUGAGCACUCACGAGACGGACGUGCACACCAUCUCUCCAGAGCUGCCAGCCAUGUUUGACGGUAUGAAGCUGGCAGCGGUGGCCACAGUGCUCUACGUCAUCGUCCGCUGCUUGAACCUCAAAAGCCCGACUGCGCCCCCGGACCUCACCUACCAGGACACGCCCCUCAACCGCUUCCUUCUUAAGUCCUGUUCUCAGCUGACCAAAGAGUACAUCCCUCCUCUAUUGUGGGGUAAGAGUGGACACCUCCAGACAGCACUCUAUGGUAAACUUGGUCGGGUGAGCUCCCCUAACCCCAGUGGAAUCAGGAAGUACUUACCUAUGCAGGAUGGGGCCACUGCAACCUUUGACCUCUUUGAGUCACUGGGGGACCAUCGAACAGGAGAUGACAUCACCAUGGUGAUAUGCCCUGGUAUUGGUAACCAUAGUGAGAAGCAUUACAUCCGAACCUUUGUGGAUCACGCCCAGAAGGACGGUUAUCGCUGUGCUGUGCUGAACCACCUGGGAGCUCUUCCCAACAUCGAGCUCACCUCUCCGCGAAUGUUUACUUACGGGUGCACAUGGGAGUUUGCAGCCAUGGUCGGUUACAUUAAGCGGACGUAUCCUCAGACGCAGCUGAUAAUGGUUGGCUUCAGUCUGGGUGGAAACAUUGUGUGUAAGUUCCUGGGCGAGAACAGGACCAACCAGGAGCGAGUGCUGUGUUGCGUCAGUGUCUCUCAGGGGUACAGUGCUCUCAGGGCCCAGGAAACAUUCCUACAGUGGGAUCAGUUCAGACGCUUCUAUAACUUUCUCAUGGCCGACAACAUGAAGAAAAUCAUUCUCUCACACAGACACAGUCUGUUUGGAGGAAGCUCAGUUAAAGUGAUAGAUGCAGAUCUUAGUCGGCUGUACACAGCGACUUCCCUCAUGCAGAUCGACGACAACAUCAUGAGAAAAUUCCACGGCCACAGCUCUCUCAAAGAGUAUUACGAGAAGGAGAGCUGUGUUCAUUAUAUUCACAAUGUUAAUGUGCCACUACUGUUAGUGAACUCUGCAGAUGAUCCCCUGGUCCAUGACUCACUGCUCACCAUCCCUCGCACACUAGCAGCAAAGAAGUCGAAUGUGAUCUUUGCCCUGACGCUGCACGGAGGCCACCUGGGCUUCUUUGAGGGCGCGGUGCUUUUCCCCCAGCCCCUCACCUGGAUGGACAAAGUGAUUGUGGGUUACGCCAACUCCAUGUGCCAGUGGGAGAAACAGAAACCGCCAUGCCAAAGUGGCCCCCUGAGUGAGAGCUCCUGCGCAGAAGAAAAAGCCUAGACCUCCGGCCUGUACGUCUCUCACCCUCUUUCUCUGUUCCCUGUCACCCCUCACCCUCUCCAGCACCACUGUCCCAGCACUGAGGAGACACCUGAACUGAACCUUAAACUGCUCUCUCUUCUCUGCCUUCUCCUCCGGGUGCUACUCACUGCUACUGACCCACACAUGUCAAGCCUUCACCACAAUCCCCCCUUCUAGUCACCAUCACCUUACAGUAUGUCAAGGAACAAAAACAAUUAACUGCCUUUGUGCUCGUUUUCGUUGCGAGAACUUUUGACAUUUUGUUUCUUUACACGUACACAGCAAUGAUCCUUGGCUAACGGAGGCGUUGACCAAAUAUAAGCUGGCAUUAGAAGGAACACGAGAACAACACUUUGAGUAGUCCAGUGAAAAACAAGAGCACACGAGAAGCCUCCUUUUUAACCUAAAUCAAGACUGUGCUGCAGAAGGUGUCCGUUUCCUGCACCUUUUAAGAAGCUCACUGCUAAUCACCGCCAAGGCCGUAUAGCCUAGUCUGCUGUCUUAACCAACACAGCAUCUUUCUAGUAUGUUUGUAACCCACAGAUGUAGUUUAUAUGUCUGUGCGUGCCUGUGUAGACCCAGAGUUGAAGACAGAGCAUGUGAUCCUUGUGUUUGGUUGGUCCAAAUACUCCGUUCUCUGUUCUUCUGGGUGAACUGUCGCUCCAUGGUUCGUAGAAAAUUCAGUAGAGAAGUGUUACAGUGGGAUUUUACACUUUACUUCCAGUUCACAUCCUUCUGGCACCAGAUAUGACCAGGGAUCAGCCCUAGAUGGGAUUCAUACACAUUCCCUCGGUCGCAUUUUAUCUUUUUGAUUCAAUGCACUUUAAACCCUGUAUGACAAAAUCUUUUCUUUCCCGUUUCUUUCCGUUUUUUAACCCUUUAUAGGUUUCAUAGGUUUGAGAAGAGGAACUGGUAGGAGCGAGGAUGAUAACGAGAAGUUAGAUGACUCAAAUGUUCCCUGUGUUGUCGGCGUCUUUGAGCCCUCUUACUUUUUCGUCUGCCUAUGAUCAGCGACAGGUUCUGCAGAAACUCUGAAACCUUUUUCUUACCACACAGACAAAAAUCUGCUGCCACUGCUCACAGAGGCUAGUACCCAAAAUUUUGAAAAUGCUGUCUACACAUUACUUGUUUUGUUGCUGUUGAGGGGAGAGCUCAGCAGCAUGAAGCAGAUAUUAAGAUUUUUAGAAUCUGAGCUGUGAGGUGUGAUGAGUAAGAGGGCUGAGGAUACCAACGCAAAACCAAAUGGUAUGAUUAGAUGGAGAACACUUCAUGUAUGAAAGAACAGAUUCUACAGUUUUAAAGACUGCAUUGAAAAGCUUUUCCUUUUUUCUUAGCUGAGUGUUAGAGCCACAGCGACACAGCAGCGUGGCUCCCUGCAAUUUACACUAAAAUCAAUCACAAAGCUGUUUUGAUCACAUCUUGAUGAGACCUGUGGACUUUUCAAAACCUGAAUCUGACUAAGACCCUCGCUACAAACCUUGUAAGGGCCGAGGAAGUCCAGCCAAGGAAAACUGUAUCUAAACACUGAUGAGACAAUCAAAUGAAAAGAAUUCAAAUCAUCCGAUGCUGAACAGGUUUUCAGUUGUUGUUGAUACUCAAAGACGAUGUCUCUGAUUCUGCAAACAAAACAAAAACUGGAAUAAAGUGUUUGUGUUCGCACCAGAGUAAAUAACAACUGAACCGUACUUAUCCCCAGCACCAAAGGAAUAGUAAUAGUGCUGUUAUAGUGAAUAUUGUCAUGACAGUUUAUUCUGUGAUAAUACUUUAAAAUCCAGACAUUUAUGUCAGUGAUGUAAAUAUGGAACUGUUGAUUCACUCAUCCACUCAGAAUGUGAGUGAUCAUUAAUGGCAUCAUGUCAUUCACCCACAGUGAGAUUAUUCUGGUCGUGGUCCACAGCUCUCAUUUCAACAACAUCAAACGAUCCAGUGGGGUUUUUUAAUCCUGACGACACCAGGCACAAACCCAGUUUUCUGUUAUUUUGUCUUUCUAAGUUUCUCCCCUCCUCCCUAAUUUUGCACAGUGAUACAGGUGUCGAUGUUUUAUUUGGAUGUAUUUUUUUUCUAGUUUAUUAUUUUGUGUAUUAGGUUUUUUUUGUAUUUUGUAUUGUUAUUAUAAUGUUUUGUGUUGUGCAAAUGCAUUAGAGUGGGAGUGCUGAUGAGUGAACAUGCAGUUUGUGUAGACUGUGUCAUGUCACCACCACUGAUUGACAAAAACCAAAACUUCUUCACUUUAAAAAAGGAAAAAAAGAAAUAUAUAGAGUAUAUAGAAUUAUUUGAGGGACCAGGGAUGAAAAUUAAAGGCAAUAACCAACCGGGAACGAUUCUCUUUUGUUUU